GGUGAGGUCUGGUGCUGAUGGGCAUGUCGUCGCUUACAGGUACAUCCGGGACAACGGUGGCAUUGAGUCGGAAUCGGCUUACCCGUACACCGCUCGCGAUGGCUCCUGCCGCGCCUCCGGCUCCAACGUCGCUUCGCUCUCCUCCUGGGUGGACAUCCCGUCCGGCAGCGAGAGCUCCCUGCUUGAUGCUGCCGGCGGCGUCGGCCCCGUCUCGGUGGCGAUUGAUGCGUCCCACCAGUCGUUCCAACUCUACUCCGGCGGCAUCUACAACGAACCGCGCUGCUCUAGCCGCCAGCUGGACCACGGCGUGCUGGUGGUUGGCUACGGCAGCGGCUUCUGGCUGGUCAAGAACUCCUGGGGCUCCAGAUGGGGCCAGGGCGGUUACAUCAUGAUGACCCGCAACGGCAGCAACCAGUGCGGUAUUGCCACCCAGGCCUCCUAUCCACGUGUUUAGACUGCGUGCCUGAUAAAAACAGCAUCCAGACGAAGGCAAGAACAAUGCUUGAAGACACGUUGUGGAACUCAAAUGUUUUCCUUCCGUCUGGAAUAUCAAAAC